GCUUAAAAAUAAUUUUGCUCGCUUUGACCAGCGAAGAAGUCAGUGUUUUUGUUUAGAAAGUAUGUAAGCGGCCUUGGUAUUGUUGCUGGCGCCAGGUUUAAAUUAUUGACGAUGGAGACUAAAGAAAUAGCAGAAGUCUACAGACUAAUGAAGCAGUUGAUGUCAGAAGAGCUUCUAUUUAAGGAGCUCCAUGUUGAUUGUGGAAUAUCUAACACAAGUGUUUUGGAGAUUAAGGACAAGAGGAGUGCAUCAAAGAAGCUUGUUUCUCAACUCGAGGCACGACUCCUUCUUUUGAAGUUCCUGACUACCAAAGACAAAGAAUUACUGGAUCCAAUUUGCUAUGAUGGAACCAAACUCUCAGAGCUGAAAGAAUUGAGUGAAAAUUUGGUAGAGAAAAUCAAUAUCCUUAUUCCUGAACUAAAUCAAAGAUUUGCCAACCUUCAGGAAAAAAUAAGAAUUCUUGCAGACAAAGUGACUGCAGUGAAAGCUAUGUCUCAGCAGUACAGCAAGUUGAAACGAGAAAAAGUUGAUAAAAUUCAAGAAAUCUUUGAACAACAUCUUCCUGUCAGUGAUUUCUAUCUCCAUGAGGAUUUGCUCUCCAAGAUUGAGAUGGCCAAAACGGCAUGCCAGAAUGGCAAGGAAAAUUUGAGUAAACUCCAGAUAAAACUGGAAGAUAUGAAGGGAUCCUGUGAACAACUUUCAGAAACUUUAUCACAGAAAGAAAACCUAUAUCAAACGCAGAAUCAAAAAUUGGAAAAGCAAUUAAAUUUAAGUCAACAGCUGUAUCAGGUGUAUGAAUCAUUCACAGGUGUCAGUUUAAAAAAAUAUGACAAGAAUUCUGUUCAAAUUGAACUGAAAGCACCUCAGGAUGGUGGUACAUCUCUCCUUGUUACUUUCUUCUUCAAACAAUCAAACAGUGGUAACAUGCUGGUGUCAGACGUUCAGGUGAACAAUUCUGAUGUUUAUAUAACUGAUUGCAUUGAACAUGUUCAGAAACUCCAGAAUUUACCCUCUUGUGUGAAGAACAUCAUAAGUCGAUGGCACUAUUAUUCCAGUUUGAAGGAACAGAUCAAUGAUAUUCAGAACAGACUUCCAGCUGAUUGGAUGCAGCACUUAAACAGACUACGUGUUGUUGUUGGCAAGAAUGCUAACAUUAUAUGCACAUUGCAGCUGUCAUCUGCUGACCAUCCAAAUAUUGCACUUCUUUCUUUGAGAGGUGGAGACGUGAAAAUGAAGGGCAAUAUUUCGCCUACCAACACGGAUGCUUCUGUCAAAGAGUGGGUUGCAUACCUUGAGGAAUACUUUGGUUAGAACCAUCCUGUGGCAAUGUUUUAGAGCACUAUCCAUAAAAACAGUUUUGGGUAUAUUCUUCCAAGGAAUGGCAUUGUUGCCUGCUUUAAUGUCAACUGAAUUUACCAAAAUCUAUGAAAUUUCCAUUCUUGAUCUUUGUUUUUCUUCUGGCUGUUGUCAUUGCAUUACAUUUGCAAGAGAGUAAACAGUGUUGGUAAUGAGAGCACUUCUUGUCUGUCUGCCUCUCUCUUUUUCAGUUUCUCUUUCUUUCUCUCUCUCUCUCUCUCUCUCUCUCUCUCUCUCUCUCUCUCUCUCUCCCUCCAUCAUCUAUCUACCUACCUACUUAUCUAUCUUUUGUUUAUAUUUGUCUCCUUUUAAUCUUCAUUCUUCUUUCUUUUAUAUCAAUCUCUCUUUCCCUUAUUCUACUUCUCAUUCAUAUUUCCACGACAGAUAAAAACAGUAUCACCCCACAGAAACUACUUUAUUCAGUUACUUAUAUAUUACAUGUAAACAUAUACAUCUAUUAUCAUAAAAUAUACAAGAAACCAAAUGGCAAUGAAAUAAAACUAUUUUAAAUAUUA